AUGUCUUCAAAUAUUUGCAAACAGCACUCAAUCAGCUGUAAGUUUGGAAAGAAGCGAGCCGAAUGUAACAUGCGUAUUAAGGGUAUAUAUGAAUUUUGUGCUCGCCUUGUCCAUCAGAAUUCAAUGGCCCUCUUCAUGCAGAAGCUCGAGUCUGUAAUCGAACCCUGGUCUAUCCUCCUCGGUCAGACAAGACUAUCGUGUGAGACCCCCAGCUCAGAUCCAAGGGUUUUCAGCAUUUUAAAAGGCUUGGAUGCUGUGAUUGAAAAUGGGGAUGAUAGACUACUGUCCAGACUUGCGCAGGCGCAUCUGGCUCGAGUGUUGGACAUACUGGAGGCCCGUGUUGCUAUGGAAAGACAAAACGGCCAUCUUCACCGUCGAAAUGGGUAUCGGAACGCAAGUAUUGUGCUCGAUAUAUACAUGAGUGCCCAGGACGUGGCAUUACCCCGGCGAACCCUGAUCGAACGCAAACGAGUGGCAAAGCGAUGGAGCGAGCUGGCUGGAGCCUGGCCGCUUUUUCUUUUGGUAUACUCCGAGGAAGCAGAGGAAAUCAUGCAGCACCGUAAUUUACCUGACAACGCCAUGAUUCGCCUCAUCGCCUCACGGGUUUUUGCGGAGUCGCCAUCGCAGUUGUUUGAAACUUGUGAAUAUUGGACAGAAGCUGUGGAGGCUGCAGUCGUUUCAAACCGACCGAUCGACAGCCAAGUCAUGGGUGAUUUCCGUAGAUGUCAGACUGACGUUGAAGACGAUAUGGACACCGCUAUGAUAGAGUAG